AGACCACCAAUCAAAGAAGAGAUUAUCCUAGAUAAUAGGGGGUUUUGUACUGACAAAAUACCUAUAUUGGAGAUAACAUCGGAAUCAUCCACUAUCACACCAUUUUAGCCUACAAAUCACAUAACGAGCAAAUAUGAAAAUAGAAAAAAUAGAUAUCAAAAACCAAAACCCCCCUGUAGAUAGGCACACCUGGUGAUACCCUCAACAUAAUCUUAUUUCUGUGAAAACUCCCAUGUAAAAUUGAGAUAUUCACAAAAGCUUCAAUGGCAUCCAGCAUUUCACCUACGAGCCGAGACGGCCCAGGAAGUCUUCCGGACUCAGAAGAGCCCGCGCCAUCUCCCAUGGGCGACUCAGAACCCAGUGAGCGCGCCCCCCUAUUAUCCUCCAGCCCGCCCAAGGAAGAAGACUGGGUGGCCCCGCGGCACUUCGCCUGGAUCGAGCUGGCGAUCAUGUCGAACGUCUUCCUGUACGGCUUCGACGGCACCAUCACGGCGUCCACCUACGCCGUGAUCAGCUCCGAGUUCGACGCCACCAACACCGCCUCGUGGCUCACCACCUCGUAUCUCAUCACGAGCACGGCUUUCCAGCCGCUGUACGGCCGCGUGUCGGACAUCUUCGGCCGCCGCAUCUGCUUUUUUAUUUCCACUGUCGCGUUUGCGCUUGGCUGUCUGGGGUGCGGGCUCGCGGGGGAUAUUGUCCUGCUCAAUUCUAUGCGGGCGCUUGCCGGGUUCGGAGGCGGGGGGCUGAUGACUAUGGCUACCAUUGUGAACUCGGACAUGAUUCCGUUCCGCAAACGCGGCAUGUACCAAGCCCUGCAAAAUGGCAUAUUUGGCUUCGGCGCGAUAUGCGGCGCCUCGUUCGGGGGCUCCAUAUCGGAUACUAUCGGGUGGCGAUGGUGUUUUACUCUUCAAGUGCCGGUCUCUGUAGUAGCUCUCGUCCUCGGCCACAUGGUCAUCAAGGACCAGCGCACCGAUAUCAACGCGGUCUCGAGCUUAAAAGAGACCUGGCGCAUCGUCGACUUCUCGGGAGCUCUCCUUUUGGUCGUGGCAAUCUCCAUCCAGCUAGUUGGGCUCAGUCUGGGAGGAAACGAGUUACCUUGGGGCAGCCCAUGGGUGAUAGGAUCACUGGUGGGAAGUGUCGUGCUACUUGGCCUUUUCCUUCUGGUCGAAGCGAAGACUACGGCGAUACCCAUCAUACCCCUCCGCAUGUUAAGGGGCCGGCUGCCUGUAUUCACCCAACUGGCAAAUGUUUGCGCUGGACUUUCGGCUUAUGCAUACCUUUUCCUCCUCCCUUUAUUUUUCCAGAUCGUUUUGCUCGAUUCCGCCACGGCUGCUGGGGCUCGGCUCGCCAUCCCAUCAUUGGCAACCCCUAUUGGGGGGCUCGUGUCGGGCAUCGUCAUGUCGCGAUGGGGCAAGCUCAUUACUCUCGUCCGCACCGGUGCCAUUCUCAUGGCAAUUGGAAAUGCUCUAGUGACCUCAUUACAGUUCGUGGACUCAAAUUGGAAAUACUACGUUUACAUAUUCCCAGCAAAUCUAGGUCAGGGGAUUAUAUACCCCGGUAUCCUAUUCACCUCUUUGGCUACCUUCGAACACGCCGAUCAUGCUGUCUCGGCAUCGACUGUAUAUCUCAUCAGAUCUCUCGGAACUGUUUGGGGCGUAUCGCUCACCUCGGCGAUUGUCCAAACCACACUGAAUGCACGGCUUCCAGUCGUUUUACGUGAUGUACCAGAUAAAUGGAGAAUUAUCGACGCGAUCCGUCACUCAGCAGAAGCAAUACGCGACCUUCCUCCCGAUGUUCAACUAAAAGCCCGAAUGGUUUACUACGAGGGUAUCAAAUAUGCUUUUGCCACAUCGACUGCGUUUGCAGUCGUAGCAUUCUGUGCGGCGAUGUGUGCGAGGGAAAAGGGACUGCGCAAAACAAGUGGUUAGCGAGUUCAUAUGUCUUCUGACGCCAACACCAAUGACUCGUGGCUUUUUGCCUAUUACUUUUACCGACUUCAAUUUCAUCCACAGCUUGAUGGAAAGGCCAUAAAUACAAUAGCUUAGGAAGGGGUUGGGAUAAGAAAAUGGAUGGAAAAAACUAGUUCAACCUUCUCUAGGUUCAAUGGAAUCAGCAGCUAGGUAGCUACAUAGUAGGUAAAGUAGAUAUACACGCAGCUAAUACUAAUUAUGAAUCGGUGAAUCAG